AUGGGUUCGAUCGACAGAAGUGGCGGAAGAACCACCAUUCCACUCAUCAUCAAUAAUGAGUCAAUCAUCACAGAUACCGUCUUUAAUGUGCACAACCCCGCAAAUGGUGAAGUGAUCGAGCAUUGCGCCAGUGCGUCAGUCGACCAUGCCAAUCGCGCCGCAGCUGCCGCCAAGGCUGCGUUUCCUGCGUGGAGCAGAACAAAGCCAUAUGAUCGCAGAGACAUUUUAACGAGAGCCGCGGAGAUCAUGCUGUCGCGAAAGGAGGAGUUGAUUGGAUACCAAAUGGAAGAAACGGGCGCCGGAAGGCUUUUUGUGGAGAAAACCUUCAUGAUGGGUGUCGGGUUUAUUAAGGAUUUCGCAGCGAGGAUUCCGUCGAUUGAAGGAUCUGUGCCAUCUGUGUCGGAAGAUGGCGAAUGCGCGAUGGUUUUCAAGGAACCAUAUGGAGUUAUCCUGGGGAUUGCGCCUUGGAACGCUCCGUACAUCCUUGGUACGCGGUCGGUGGCUCUGCCCCUCGCAGCUGGUAAUACAACUAUUUUGAAAGGCUCCGAACUGUCGCCAAGGUGCUUUUGGGCGAUUGGCGAUGUCUUCCGCGAAGCUGGUCUUCCCGCAGGAUGCCUCAACGUGCUCUACCAUCAGACAUCAGACGCGUCGGCCGUCACCACGGCUCUCAUUGCGCACCCUGCCGUACGCAAGGUUAGUUUCACGGGCAGUACGGCUAUCGGGGCGAUUGUUGCUUCCACGGCUGGCAAAUACGUAAAACCAGUACUCCUCGAACUUGGAGGGAAGGCAUCGGCCAUUGUAUUGGACGAUGCCAAUUUAGAAAAGGCCGCCAUGUGUUGCGCCCUUGGAGCCUUUAUGCAUUCCGGCCAAAUUUGCAUGUCCACCGAGCGUAUUGUAGUGGAGCGAUCUGUUGCAGAGCAGUUUCGCCAGCUGCUGACCGAGGCAUCAGAGAAGAUCUUUGGUCGGCACGCGGCGGCGCCAGUGCUUGUGGCAUCCGCUGCAGUCAAGAAGAACAAGAGCUUGGUGACAGAUGCGCUGGCCAAGGGGGCGGAUGUUGUCUUUGGUGACGCAAAUGCUCAUGAAGCGUGCACCAACAGUAUGCGACCUUUGGUCGUCGGCAAUGUCACCAAGGACAUGGAUCUGUAUUCCACGGAGUCAUUUGGUCCAACUGUCUCCCUUAUCACAGUCGACAAUGAAGACGACGCUAUUGCGCUGGCCAAUGAUACUGAAUACGGACUUACGUCCGCAGUCUUCACGAACAAUUUGUUCCGAGGACUGAAGGUAGCCAAGCAGAUCGAGUCCGGUGCCGUCCACAUCAACUCGUUAACCGUACAUGACGAGCCCGUGCUACCACACGGAGGGUGGAAGAGCAGCGGAUUCGGCCGCUUCGGCGGAACUUCCGGGUACGACGAGUGGUUGCAAACCAAGACCGUGACCUGGGUGCAAUAG